AUGGCAAGUACAGGGGUGCUUCGCUCCUGCUCUGGAAUACGGAGCGAGUCUCCAUCGCCCACCAUCGCCUUUACCUUCUCAGGCCAGUUCCACAUAAGUAUUAGAAAGUUUACUCAUGCUGUCAUUUUUCAGCUUCAGAUAGAGCAGCUUUCCUCUAGAAAUCCACAUGCGAAGUAUCAUGGUAUCUGGCAGGCUGCUGGUAAGAUUUUUCAGGAGGAAGGUAUCACUGCAUUUUGGAAAGGUCAUGUCCCCGCUCAACUUCUUUCCAUCACAUAUGGGGCUGUCCAGUUUGUCAGCUUUGAAUUUCUGACAAAGCUGGUGCACCAUGGCACGCCUUAUGAUGCCCGUGACUUCACUGUGCACUUUAUCUGUGGCGGUCUGUCUGCUUGUGCUGCUACUGUGACAGUUCAGCCUCUUGACACGUUGCGCACUCGCUUGGCUGCCCAAGGAGAACCGAAGGUAAGAGAUGGAUGAAAGAUUUUCCACCCCCCCCAUCCCACCCCCUGCGCUUCCAGAUCAAUUCUGCUCUUGCUACCUGGAGAAUAGUCUGGUUCCUUACUUUACAUCAACAGUAUUUAUUUAAUACUAGUUUAUAUGUUUAAUCGGGAGAGGAGUUGAGGGUACAAAGGGUGAGGAGUGACUAUAGAUUAUGACUUAUGUUGUAUUUUAAUUUAUGAUUGUUAA